AGCAGCAGCGGGCAUCGUGCUGCUGCUGUUGUCGUCCUUUCGUUACAACAUGGCUGCGAUUUUAAAGGAUUUCGGUCAGGUUUUCGUUUGUGGACCGUAAUUACGCCUCGGAUACCUUCUGGAUAGGUAUUAGGAGUUUUGCCCUGUCGUUUGGGGGCAGCAUGCUGCUCUCAAAAUUGGUCGCUUUUCCUCCCAUCUCGACCAGCAUGGUACCGGCGAAGCUCCAGCUGCAGCAGCAAGCCAAAAUCGAGAGGCUGCCGUUUGAGAAGCAGUACCGGCUUGGUGCGGUGCUGGGCAGUGGAGGCUUUGGCACCGUCUACUCUGCUGUUCGUGUAGCCGAUGGUUUACCGGUGGCUGUGAAGCACGUAUGUAGAGACAGAGUAACUGAGUGGGCCACUCUGACCAGUGGUGUGGUUCCUCUGGAGAUUGUCCUGCUGGAGAAGGUGGGAGGUGGGUUUGGGGGUGUGGUACAGCUGUUGGACUGGUGGGAGCGACCAGACGGUUGGCUGCUGGUAAUGGAGCGUCCUGAGCCGGCUCAGGACCUCUUCGACUACAUCACAGAGAGGGGCACGCUGGAGGAGGAUGUGGCUCGAGGGUUUUUUCUGCAAGUUUUAAAAGCGGUGGAGCAUUGUUUCAGCUGUGGAGUGGUUCAUAGAGACAUUAAGGAUGAGAACCUUCUUGUGGAUUUAAGGACUGGAACACUCAAACUGAUAGACUUUGGCUCUGGAGCAUUUCUAAAGGACUCUGCCUACACUGACUUUGAUGGCACCCGUGUAUACAGCCCUCCGGAGUGGAUCCGACUGAAGCGCUACCACGGCCCCUCUGCCACAGUGUGGUCUUUAGGGGUGCUUCUGUACGACAUGGUGUGUGGGGACGUCCCUUUUGAACAGGAUGAGGAGAUUCUCAGAGGGCGUGUCAUUUUCAGAGGGCCGGUGUCACAGGAAUGCCGGCAGCUGAUUGGUUGGUGUUUGAGUCUACAACCCACAGAAAGACCGACCCUAGAGCAAAUACUCCUUCACCCCUGGCUCACAGGCACAAAGUCCCACCAAACAGAGCGAUGUGAAAUUACACUCCAUUCUCUCACAGACAUGUCUACCUCCCCUUCGUCUACCUCAUCCAGCCAGGACAGUCUUUGAACUGGCAUCAGGCAGGACAUUUAAUAAAUGCACAAAUGCUUAUUACAAUGUGCCUUUACUUUCUAACCGUUAAACUGUGAUGAAGUUAUUUUGAAGAACAAUUUCUUUGUUGCUGGUUUUGAAAUGUUUUCUAAUGUCAUGUCCAAUGCACAAAUAUGCAAUGCAAACAUUUUUUUUUAACAAUUACAUUUUUGUUAUUUUUUUAUUUGUAUAUUUUGGUACAUUUUCUUUAUUUAUUAAGUAUGCAAUUCUUUUGUUGUAAAUUUAUUUUCAGUCAGAAUUUUUGUUUACUCUAAAGCUGAAAAUAAAUACAGUAAUGUUUAGGAAUUAAUGUGGACUGUUGUCUUCUAGUUUGAUAAAUAGAGAAGUUCUGGUGAAUAUUUUCAUGAAAUUGUUUUUGACUGAACAUUCAGUAUAAACUAUAAAUGCUA